AUGCAUGAUGCUGCGGACCUGGAUAAACGGAACACUGAGCCAUCAAAAUGGGAUCCUUGGAUCACAGCAUCCACCUCAAAGGGGAACUAUGAUACGAUCCCAUCAGCUUUGAAAGACCCCGGAGUCGAGCUACAAAUGCUUCAUCUGAAUGCAGACUUCAGAUUAGCAGAACGCUUGCCCUCCUACUACACUGUCAGCAUUUUUGCGAGUCCUACGGUCCCUCGGCUCAUCUUCGAUCGCCGCUCUCGUCAGCUACUGCACACAUUUCUGUGGAUCUCAGAGUCGGAAGAACUUCAGCAGUUGUCUUGGCGUUUCCGGGUUCAGAGUUAUCAUCCUCCCGAUAUUCUGUGCCUUGAUCACUUCACCCAGCAUCGCGCGAAAGAACGACGAUUGAAAAUCCGAAAUGAACACGCCGAAGGGUUCGUGGUUGCCCUCUAUGAUUAUAUGGAAUGGCCUCGGACCAUUUGGGACUUGUUGAAUGUUGUUCAAGAGAAAGAUGAUGUUUUCAGUCUUGCUCGUAGUCGCUUUCACUUCUCAGGAAUCACGAUAAGUGAUGAAGUCAUACCCGGAAGAUCCAAAUUACGGCCAAGAGCAAGCAACGGCGACGCACUCUAUGCUAUUUUGCCACAGGUCAAUUACGACUCGCGUGUCGCUCAUUUCCUCAGCAUGGAUACAAGCUCCUUGAUCGUCAUGCUAAAGGUAUGCGACGCCGGCGAGUGGGUACGUCGCAGCACUCUAUGGGCAACCGCAGGCCUAGGGGGCAUGAUCGAUGCCGAUGACAACGACCUACCGUCCCCUCGUUUCACCACCCCUUUGGCUGAUAGUAGCAUCCGGGUUCUCACGGCUGUAUCCGCAUGGGUGUCGAAAUUCAGUGGGACUAUCGACAGAAUCCUACGCGCGAACGAAAUGGAAGUGGAGGAAUUGGGCAAUUUUCAGGAAUCUGUGAAUGACCACAACUAUAACGAGAUAUCCCGAGACCUGCUGCGCGCAUAUUCACAGCAAGUGGCUUAUGCAUCCAAGCCCAAAAAGAAAUUGGAAGGGGGAGAGCUGCCCAGGCUGUACGACUUUAUGACCAAGAAACUUUUCAGCCCCAAUCCAAAUCUUGCAGUGAUCGAUUGGAACUACCUCUUCAAGCAAGAAAAGAGGGCGUAUGGUGUUUAUACGCAUUUGAAGCGCUUGAAAGACGGAGGGACCACUGUUUGUAACUGGACUUGGAUUCCUGAUCAAGUAUGGGAGGAAUUCGAAAUAGCCAUGGAACUGGCUCGGGGGUGGCAGCCACGUCGGGAUAAGGAGAAUAACGAUGAGUUUUGGCAAACUAAAUUUGGAACCACCCCGCUCAGAGAGGAAAAUGGGGUGCUCUUCGAUCACCAGGAGCUGUAG